AAUUCAGUAGUGCCAGCACGAAUAUAUCGAAGACGAAAGAGACACGAAACAAGUGAAAUUUCAAUCAAUUUAAGAUUUAAGAUGUCCAACUAGGAAUCUUUCAGGAUUAUUUUAUAAAAUAAUCUAGCUUAAACAGAGCUGGUCAAGGAAUAAGGACACUGUUCUAUCAAGGGAGAAAGUCUGAAAGAGAAAGAUAGACCGAGUGAGAGUGAGAGCGGCAAGUAACGAGAAAUUUUUUGGAGCCUUCUGUUGGGUGAAAUUUUUGUAUGUCCGCCACCCCUUUCCUCCCCCUGCUGCCAACAUCACCCACCCGCACUCAAGAUGCUGUAUAUUAGCAAUUAUUGAAGGCACACAACCGGCAAAAACGGCAAAAUUUAUGCUUUUGUAAACAAAUAAAAAUAUAUAUAGAUAUAUAUAUAUAUAUUUAAAACAACAAUAACAACAAAAACAACAAAACGGUGGCAACUAUUCACGCCGAAACAAGGUCAAAUUUUUUAUACAUCGCAAAAUUCUAAACAACAAAUUUCAUUUAACACAACGUGCUGCUACAACUAGUUUCACUUUGUUGCUUGCAAUGGAAACAAGUCAGUCCCCAGCGAGCGAGAAUCCUCUCCAGCAGCAGCAGCAGUAUCAGGAGGAUGAGGAUGAGGAUCACCUACUGAAGGCAAAUGGCAAAGUCCAAACAAAUGGUAAAUCUGGCAGGGGAACGAGUACAGGAUCUGGAACAUCCAUGCCACCAGCGACGUUUAUGAAAUUAAAAACCUAUUUACUCGCCCUAAGACCAUGGUCAUUAUCGGCCAGCUUAGUGCCCACUUUGCUCGGUUCCGCUUUGGCCUAUCGUUCGCAAUGGUCAGCGGAAUUCUCACUAGUCACCUUCUUCCUCACCGCCUUCACUGUGGUCACCGUUCAUUGCGCUGGCAAUGUGGUUAAUACAUAUUUCGACUUCAUCAAAGGCAUUGAUAAACAAAAGGCUGAUGAUCGCACACUCGUCGAUCACAUACUCACCAAGGAUGAGGUCGUUUCCUUAGGCGCCAUCCUAUACUUGGCUGGUUGUGGAGGAUUCGUAUUCCUGGCUGUGCUUAGUCCAGCUAAAAUGGAACAUUUGGCUUUAAUAUACUUUGGCGGACUGUCAUCGAGUUUUUUGUAUACGGGUGGAAUUGGUUUCAAAUACAUUGCUCUGGGCGAUUUGGUGAUCUUGAUACUUUUCGGACCCAUUUCGGUGCUAUUUGCGUUUAUGUCACAAACAGGACAUGUGGAUUGGACAACGAUGGGCUAUGCCAUUCCAUUGGCUCUCAAUACGGAGGCGAUACUGCAUAGCAACAAUACGAGGGAUGCGGAAAAUGAUCAGAGAGCUGGCAUUGUGACAUUGGCCAUACUGAUCGGACGUACUGCCUCGCAUGUGCUUUAUGCCAUGCUUCUCUUCACACCGUAUUCAAUAUUCUUUAUAUUCGGUUUAAAGUAUUCAAUAUGGUUCCUGUUGCCAUUGAUAACAUUGCCGCAGGCAUUUCAAAUUGAGAAACGUUUUCGUAACGAUUAUACGAUGCAUUUGGUGCCGCGUCAGACGGCUAAACUGAAUUUCUUCUUUGGCAUCCUCUAUAUUGUGGCCUGCUGCUGUGCCCAACAGUUGCCCACAUUUGUGUGGCGUAAGCAUUAGAUUAAUACUGAUGAGAAAACCAAUCGAUCCAAUGUAUGUAUAUGUAGAAAAGUUUGCAACAUUUUUAGGGAAUUAUGUAUAUGCAUAUCGAUGUAUACAUUUUGUAUGUAAAUUAGUUAUUAGUCGGUUAAAUUGUGUGUGCGAAAAUGCUGUCUGUGUUUUGUGUGUGCGUUUGUUGUAUGCUUUUCCUUCUCGCCUAGUCUCAAAAUGAAUAGAAAAUCUGAACUGAACUGAAUGAUAAACAUAUCCUACUCAAUCUACUCAGUUUAAUUUAAUCCUACAUACUACCCACAUUAUUUAUUUCACCCCUAAACUUUAAACCACUCGAUGUAAUAAGUAUAUUGAAUUGUUGAUGAUGCCAAUUGGAGGAAAUAUGUUUAUAAAUAUUCUUGAACUAAUUUCUUUAUGCUUGAGAAUUCUCAAUUCAGUUUGAUUUAAUUGCAAAUGUUUCUUCAAAUUCACUUAAAGUGAUUAAUUUAUUUAUAUGUGUUAUCAACAAUUCAAAUAAUCUGCAAACUCUUCCUCUCGCGCUUUGGAAUAAUGGACCAAGAUCGUGUGCAACAAUAAUAAAAAACAACAAAAUAUUUAUACAUACAUAUUAAUUAUAUCAUCUAAAGGCUUAGGUAUACACACACAUAUAACUCAUACAUAUACACACACAUACAAAUACAUAUAUACAUAGCUAAAGUUAAUGUUAUCUAAAGUUUAAACAAGUUACUUAAGUUUUGGUCAAUCAAACAAAACAAAACAAAAAAACAAAUUACUUUAUAGAAAUGCUUAAGAAAAUGAAAAUGAAAACUGUGUGUCAAGAACUGGCUUUGCUUAUUUGUUUAACAAUUGUUAGUGUUUUUACAUAUUUACACACAAAACACACACACACCUCUAUACAAACAUUAUUCACAUACAUUUAGGGCUCAAGAGUGAGAAUAACACAUAAAACACAAAUAAAACAAAUAAAGGGAGGAAAAAAAUUGCAAAUUUUUUUAAACAAAAAAAGAAGAGAUAUAUAUAUAGAAUAUACACAUAGUAUAUACACAUAUAUAUAUAUACUUAUAUCAAUUGUUUUCCAAGACAACAAAAAAAUGAAUUACUUAUGCAUAUAAACAACAGAAUAGCUUUAACAAAAAAAGAAAAGAAAAACAAAAAUCAUAAGCAAAAAAAAAAAAAAUGAAUAUCAAUGCGCGCAUUCAUUUAACAACAAUUGUGUUAGCUCUUAUUAUUAAUAAUAUUUUUUAAGCUUCAUUUGUCAUUGUAAUUUUUGGGUACAAAAUGUGUAUUUUAUUGUGUAGAGAGCAAAAAAAAAAUAUAUGGAAAUGCUUCUUGUUGUUUGCUGAACUGAAUGGAAAGAUAAAA